CUGACUAGCUGUCUCUUAUCUUGUCAAUUACUUUACCAAACCCCACAAACCAAACCAAAAAAGAAACAGAACAAACAUCAAAACGAUGCCGUCUGAAGCUCCGGCGACUCCUCUGUCACCACCACCGAACUUUUGGGGAGACAUGCCGGAGGAAGAAUACUACACUUCACAAGGAGUUCGUAACAGCAAAUCGUACUUCGAAACACCAAAUGGCAAAAUCUUCACUCAGAGCUUUUUACCGUUGGAUGGUGAGAUCAAAGGGUCGGUGUAUAUGUCUCACGGUUACGGAUCCGACACGAACUGGAUGUUCCAGAAGAUAUGCAUGCGUUUCUCUACUUGGGGUUACGCUGUUUUCGCCGCCGAUCUUCUUGGUCACGGCCGUUCCGAUGGCAUCCGCUGCUACAUGGGUGAUAUGGAGAAAGUUGCAGCUACAUCAUUGGCUUUCUUCAAGCAUGUUCGUGGCAGUGAUCCGUAUAAGAAUCUUCCGGCUUUUCUCUUUGGUGAGUCGAUGGGAGGUCUUCUGACGCUUCUCAUGUAUUUUCAAUCCGAACCUGAUACUUGGACCGGAUUGAUCUUUUCGGCUCCUCUCUUUGUUAUCCCGGAGGAUAUGAAACCAAGCAAGACUCACCUUUUUGCUUACGGUCUCCUCUUUGGUUUGGCUGAUACGUGGGCUGCAAUGCCGGAUAAUAAGAUGGUUGGGAAGGCUAUUAAGGACCCUGAAAAGCUUAAGAUCAUCGCAUCUAACCCGCAAAGGUACACAGGGAAGCCUAGAGUGGGAACAAUGAGAGAGUUACUAAGGAAGACCCAAUACGUUCAGGAGAAUUUCGGGCGUGUAACUAUUCCGGUAUUCACGGCGCACGGUACAGCGGAUGGAGUAACAUGUCCCACAUCUUCAAAGCUACUAUAUGAGAAGGCAUCGAGCGCUGAUAAAACAUUGAAGUUGUAUGAAGGGAUGUACCAUUCGCUAAUUCAAGGAGAGCCGGACGAGAAUGCUGAUAUGGUAUUGAAAGAUAUGCGAGAGUGGAUCGAUGAAAGGGUUAAGCGAUAUGGAUGAAAACCGCUUAAAAAAAGCCUACAUUUGUGUUACAGAGAACAUGAAAAGAAAUGAAUACUGAAGUUAUGAUCCAUAUCGUUGAUUUGAUUUGUUUUCUUGUUGUAUGUUUGUAAAUCCAAGAACAAGACUUUUGUGAUGUAGCAACUUAUAUAUCAUAUGGAUGAUAUAAUGAUCAUGGUAAGCAACAUAGAGGUAGCAUUUUUUGUUAA